AAGAGUGAAGAGAACUAUGGCACUUGUACCCACCAGCCUCAACCUCUGCCUGUACCGUCUUAACCCUAAGCAAACAAUGAUCCCUACCACAAUUCGUCGUCAACAAGUUGUAUCUGAUCGGACAAGUUUCCAUACCUGUUGUGCCGUGUCAUCGAAGGCACAAGUUUCCGAUCAGCCGAAAGAAGGAAGGCGUUUAGCGAAUUAUCAGCCAAGUAUUUGGAACUACGAUUUUCUUCAGUCCCUAAACAAUGACCACGCCGACGUAUUAUACAGAGAGAGAGCAUCGAAGUUAGAACAGGAAGUGAGGUUUCUUAUUCAUAAUGAAGAUGCAGAGCCGGUGAAGUUGCUCGAAUUGAUCGAUGACAUCCAACGGCUGGGGUUAGGGCAUCAUUUCGAGACGGAUAUCGAUCGAGCCCUUCAGAAGUUCGUGUCUGAAGAUGACGGUGGUGUUGCGACAGAGUGUAGUCUGCAUGCUGCUGCUCUAAGAUUCAGGCUCCUCAGGCAACAUGGCUACUGGGUCUCUCAAGAUGUCUUUAAAGCUUUCAAGGAUAAUAAGGGGAGUUUCAAGGAAUGCCUUUACAAGGAUGUCAAAGGAAUGUUGAGUUUGUAUGAAGCUUCACAUCUCGCCUUUGAAGGAGAAGAUCUAAUGGAAGAAGCACUCCAGUUUUCUCGAAUGCAUCUCAUGGAUUUACAUGGUAUCAGAAAUUUGGAAGAAGGUUUAUUAGAACAGGUGAUCCACGCACUCGAGCUCCCACUGCAUCGACGAAUGCUCAGGCUCGAAGCUCGGUGGUACAUCGAGGCUUAUGGCAGAAAGAAUGUUACAAAACAUAACCUACUUGAAUUGGCCAAGCUGGAUUUCAACAUGGUGCAAUCAACCCUUCAAGAAGAUCUUCAAGAGAUGACAAGAUGGUGGAUCAGCAUGGGGCUGACGAGCAAGUUGAAUUUCGCAAGGGAUAGGCUCAUGGAAUGCUUCUUUUGGUCUCUUGGAGUGGUUUCUGAACCCCAAUUCAGGGAUUGCAGAAAAAGUCUAACCAAAGUUGCCUCGUUGGUAACUAUAAUCGAUGAUGUUUACGAUGUUUACGGAACUUUGGAUGAACUCGAGUUGUUCACCGAUGCUGUUCAAAGGUGGGAUGUAUGUGCAGGGAAAAAUCUUCCAAAGUGUAUGGAGCUAUGCUUCCUUGCCCUUUACAACUCUGUUAAUGAGAUGGCAUACGAAACUCUUAGAGAUCACGGUGAAAACAUCGCCCCGUACUUGGCAAAAGCGUGGGCUGAUUUGUGCAAAGCAUUCCUGCAAGAAGCAAAGUGGGCACACAGCAAAUAUGUUCCGACAUUCGAAGACUAUCUCGAAAAUGCAUGGAUGUCUGUGUCUGGACAUGCUUUUCUCGUCCACGCCUACUUCUUACAAAGCACAAACAUAACCAGUGAGGCACUCGAUUGCUUGGAACGUUACCACGAUGUGCUUCGAUGGCCAUCGAUGAUUUUUCGACUCUGCAACGACUUGGGAACUUCGAAGUAUGAACUCGAAAGAGGUGAAAGUGCAAACUCGAUCGCAUGCUAUAUGAAGGAAACUGGUUGCUCCGAGGCAGUGGCUCGACAACAUGUAAUUGAUCUGAUCGACGAUUGCUGGAAAAAGAUGAACAGGUUCCGGAUCGAUGGUUCACCAUUUGCGAAAGAAUUAUUAGAAACAUCGAUUAAUUUGGGUCGGAUAUCCCAAUGCACAUACCAGCAUGGAGAUGCACAUGGAUGUCCGGAUAACCAAUCUAAGAAUAGAGUUCAAUCGUUGAUUGUUGACCCUAUUUCAAUAGACUAAAGAGCAA